AUGAGUGAAAACAAUAAAUUUUCUAGUUUUCUAACUGAGCCGUUAGUACAAUGUGAUCCUGAAAUGUACGAAUUGAUUCGAAAAGAGAAACAACGACAGAUCCGUGGCUUGGAAAUGAUCGCAUCAGAAAAUUUUACAUCACGUGGUGUUUUAGAAACACUUGGAUCGUGUUUAACAAAUAAAUAUAGUGAAGGAUAUCCAGGUGUUCGAUAUUAUGGUGGCAAUGAAAUAAUUGAUCAAAUUGAAACUUUAACACAAAAACGUGCAUUAAAAGCAUUUGAUCUUGAUGAAAAUCAAUGGGGUGUUAAUGUUCAACCAUUAUCGGGUUGUCCAGCCAAUUUUGCUGUUUAUGCUGCACUUAUUGAACCACAUAGUCGUAUAAUGGGCUUAGAUUUACCUGACGGUGGCCAUUUAAGUCACGGUUAUGCAACACCAUCAAAAAAAAUUUCCAUGACAAGUGUCUUUUUUGAAAAUAUGCCUUAUAAAGUAAAUCCAAAAACAGGUUUAAUCGAUUAUGAAGAGCUAGCACAUACAGCAAAAUUAUUCCGUCCAAAAAUAAUUAUUGCUGGUAUAUCAUGUUAUUCACGAAAUCUUGAAUAUGAUAAAUUCCGACAAGUAUGUGAUGAUGUCGGAGCUAUUUUACUUGCUGACAUGGCACAUGUUAGCGGUCUUGUCGCAGCCAAAUGUGUUGCUGAUCCAUUUCUAUAUGCUGAUAUUGUUACAACAACAACACAUAAAAGUUUACGUGGACCACGAGCUGCAAUGAUUUUCUAUCGUAAAGGACCGAAACGACCAGAAGUUAUUAAUAAAAGUGAUAAUUCAGUACAAAUGUAUGAUUAUGAAAAAAAAAUUAAUGAAGCUAUCUUUCCCGGAUUACAAGGUGGUCCGCAUAAUAAUGCAAUUGGUGCUAUUGGUGUUGCAUUAAAACAAGUUGCAUCAGAAGAAUUCAAACUCUAUGCUCAACAAGUUGUUAAAAAUGCAAAACAACUUGUUCAGACACUUAUAGAAAAAGGAUAUACAUUUGUUUCUGGUGGUACUGAUACACAUUUAGCAUUGCUUGAUUUACGACCAAUAGGUCUUGAUGGUGCAAAAGUUGAACGUGUAUUAGAGGUUGUCUCAAUAGCUGUUAAUAAAAAUACAUGCCCAGGUGAUAAAUCAGCAUUAAAACCAUCAGGCAUACGUUUUGGUACACCGGCAUUGACAACACGUGGCUUCCAAGAAAGUGAUAUUGUCCAAGUUGGCUUAUUUAUUGAUCGCGCUGUUCAAAUUGCACUUGAUAUCAACAGUAGUAAUUCAAAUCAAACGGUAAAAGACUUUAAAGCCAAUAUGCAAAAUGAACAAUAUGCCAAAAAACUUGCUGAAUUAAAGCACGAAAUUGAAGAAUUUGCUUCAAAGUUUCCAAUGCCUGGUUAUGAAUCAAUCUAA